GGAUACUACCAACAAACAAUGUACAAGUGUCUGAAUGGCCUUCUACAAAAGAAAAAGAAAAAAAAAAAACCAACAUGUUCUCUAUAAAUUCCAUGUUGGAUAUGAAAAACAAGACUUACAGCAAUUUCCAGAUUUACAGCUCAAGAGAUGGCUGCCCAGUGUGUCACAAAGGUGGAGCUGAAUAUUUCCUGUGACAAUCUUUUGGAUAAGGAUGUAGGGUCAAAGUCAGACCCUUUAUGUGUGCUGUUUUUGAAUACCAGCGGUCAGCAGUGGUACGAGGUUGAACGCACAGAAAGGAUUAAGAAUUGCUUGAGUCCCAAAUUUUCGAAGAGAUUUAUUAUUGACUACUAUUUUGAAGUGGUUCAGAAAUUGAAAUUUGGCAUUUAUGACAUCGACAACAAGACUAUUGAUCUGAGUGAUGAUGACUUCUUAGGAGAAUGUGAAUGUACCCUUGGACAAAUUGUUUCCAGUAAGAAGCUAACUCGACCACUGGUGUUUAAAAAUGGCAGACCUGCUGGGAAAGGAAGCAUUACGAUUUCAGCUGAAGAAAUAAAGGAUAACAGAGUGGUCUUGUUUGAAAUGGAAGCAAGAAAAUUAGAUAAUAAGGAUCUAUUUGGAAAGUCAGAUCCGUACCUGGAGUUCCACAAACAGACAUCUGAUGGGAACUGGUUGAUGGUUCAUCGUACAGAGGUCGUUAAAAAAAAUUUGAAUCCUGUUUGGAGGCCAUUCAGAAUCUCUCUGAACUCUUUGUGCUAUGGAGAUAUGGACAAAACUAUUAAGGUUGAGUGUUAUGAUUAUGACAAUGAUGGAUCACAUGAUCUCAUUGGAACAUUUCAAACCACCAUGACAAAACUGAAAGAUGCUUCCAGGAACUCACCUAUUGAAUUUGAAUGCAUAAAUGAAAAAAAGAAACAAAAGAAGAAAAGCUACAAGAAUUCAGGUGUUAUUUCUGUGAAACAAUGUGAGAUUACAGUGGAAUGUACUUUCCUUGACUAUAUCAUGGGAGGUUGCCAGCUGAAUUUUACUGUUGGAGUGGACUUUACUGGCUCCAAUGGUGACCCAAGGUCUCGUGAUUCCCUUCAUUACAUCAGCCCUAAUGGUGUUAAUGAGUAUUUGACAGCUAUCUGGUCUGUGGGACUGGUUGUUCAAGAUUAUGAUGCUGAUAAGAUGUUUCCAGCUUUUGGUUUUGGAGCUCAAAUACCUCCACAGUGGCAGGUUUCACAUGAAUUUCCAAUGAAUUUUAAUCCAUCUAAUCCCUACUGUAAUGGAAUACAGGGUAUUAUAGAGGCAUAUCGUGCCUGUCUUCCUCAGAUAAAACUCUAUGGACCAACUAAUUUCUCUCCAAUCAUAAAUCAUGUGGCUAGGUUUGCUGCUGCAGCCACACAACAACAAACAGCUUCUCAAUAUUUUGUCCUCUUAAUCAUUACUGAUGGUGUGAUCACAGACCUUGAUGAGACCAGACAAGCUAUAGUUAAUGCUGCCAAGCUACCUAUGUCCAUCAUCAUUGUCGGUGUUGGCGGUGCUGACUUCAGUGCCAUGGAGUUUCUGGAUGGUGAUAAUGGAAGUCUUCGCUCUCCAACAGGCGAGGUAGCCAUCAGAGAUAUCGUCCAGUUUGUUCCUUUCAGGCAGUUCCAGAAUUCUCCAAAAGAAGCACUUGCUCAGUGUGUCUUGGCGGAGAUUCCCCAGCAGGUGGUGGGCUACUUCAACACAUACAAACUCCUUCCUCCCAAGAAUCCAUUGACGAAAUGAAAGGAUUGGUGGCCGCCUGGAGUAGAAUUCUUUUGUGUCAUGUGGAGAAGUGAAUUCAGCUCUCACCCUAAAUCAUGAGCCUGUCAUUUUAUGUACUUCACCCCCAACAUAUAUGAUGUAAAUUUAUUUCUCUAGUGAGUCAUAUCUAUUUAAAGAAUUCUUUUUAUAACUUGUUUGUUGAGGAAAGUACUAAAUUCGUCUUUGCCUGAUCAGUUCAGUGAUUACUAGUGUUUUAUAGUAGUUACAGUGAGGCUGUUUUGAAUUUGAAGGUAGUGUAAGAAUAGCUGUGUGUGUGUGUGUGUGUGUGCGCGCGCACAUGUGUUUUUUUCUUUUUUGGUGUGGCUGUUUAUUUUCAUAUGAUGAAGUUUCUGUUUUUGAAUGUUUCUUAACAUAGAGAAUGAAAUUUGUUAGACUGAUGUGAUUCUUAACUUUCUGUACUAUAUUUACUAUAGGGAGUGUAAAUUUUACAAGCCAUGCCUACACCUGACGAUAAGAGCUUCUUAAAUUACAUAAUACUGAAUGUGUUUCUAUAACUGUAUUCAGUGCUUUCUCAAUGGAACAAAAGUACCUUCACUUGCCCCUGAGUUUUGUUACAGUUUACGAAACAGCAUAUAUUUGCAUAGGACUUCAGAAAAAGUAAUGAAUGAAGAGGGAAGGCACAUAUUCAAUUCUUUAAAUGUACGGUUGUCUCCACCUGAUUGAUGAAGCAGGUCUGCAGGUACCUAUCUUUCUCCCCUCCAGCCCUAUCCUCUCUCUUUCCCUCUGUCCUCUCAAUUUCUCUUUGUCCUAUCUAGUAAAAAUAGAAAGAAAAAAAAAGAAAGAAGGAAAAGGAAAAAAAAAUCAUGGAUUACCACUAGAAGUGGUGGAUUCUUAGUGCUGGCAUCAAGCCUUAGCAAUAACCCUGAUGGCCAAAAAAAAAGUACAGUCUAUAAGUAAAAGGAAUGUCAUGUCAUUAAAUUAUUUUAUUUGUCUUUCUAGAUAUUUUCUCUUUUUACUGUGGAAUAAAUACUAUAAUCAUGGUCAAUUUCAAAUCUUUACAUUGACUGUGUGUGACACUCAGGACUCAGGAUCUGCAUGGAUGAUAGGCUGUCCAAGAGUCAGCAUUAUUAGAUUUUUUUAAAUUAACAUUUGUUAAAAUGGCUAGGAAUGCAUUGUUUAUGAAAGCCAUGAAGACCAAAAUACAGAAGAUAAAAUUCAAGAUUCUGUUUUCUUCUCAAUAAUGAAAGAUUUUAAUUAUUUAAAAAGACUGCUUUUAUACUUCUCUUACUCAGGUCCAAUCUACUGAUUUGUACAAAUUCAUUUGAAUAUGUUCUCCUUUUUCUUAAAAAAAAAAAAAGUUUAAGUCUGAUUUCUGUAUUUCUGAGACUAUUAUCUAUUGAUGAAAGUUGUAUUUUGACAGUGUACCAUUUCCUAACCUACAUAGUUCUGUAUUAAAUAAAUAUUACCUGUUGUAAAGAUCCUUAUUCCUAGGUCCUAAAGAUAGCUCAUCUGGGUAGGUACUUCCUUUGCCAUCCACACAGAGUUGGAACAGGACCUCCACUGCACUUGGAAAAGCUUUAGUGUUACGGUGUAAUUUUUUUUUUCUCUCUUUACUCUUCUAUCUCUGUCUCUUUCUGUCUGUCUGAAAAAGUUAGCUUGGAGUAGUGAAGCCAUGGCAAUGAUAAAAAAAAAAAAAUUCUCUCUGCUGAAUUCAUUAGUAUAAAAUGGACAUGCUUUUUUUUUUUUUUUUUAAGAGCAGAAUCUUUUUCUGUAACUGUACCCUAACAUAUUAUCUAGCAAGCAUGGCAGAAUACAUUUAUUAAGGAACAGUGUGCCAAGGGCUAUGCAUAUUCACAUAUGGACCAGUCUUCUUAAACAACAUUUAAAAUUGCUUGCUUGUCACAUAUCAUUAAGUGUAUAUAUCCAGUGCCAUGUUGAUAUGCUUUUCAAUCUUACUGAAAUUUGUGCCACACUCCAUGUCUCUUACUCUCUGAAAUGAAAUGUCUGAAGGAAGUGAAUUCUUAGCCAGGAAUAGCUUUGGCUUCUCAGAAACAAUGCAUUGCAGAGAGCAGGAUGAGAGACCUACCUGCUAUCGUCACCUCACCCAGGCAAGCAAUCUGACUUAGUCAGCUGAUCUCUAAAUAUUAACCGGAAGGCACUAACCUAGUAUUCUAUUACUCCACGUAUGUCUUAUGAGUUGAUGUGUCAUUUUGACAUCAAUCAGGAGAGAGAAAAACAGACCAUUUCCCAUGACCAAAUUUCAAUUUCUCCUUUAUUUGCUUGGGAACAGCAGUAAUGUGCUGCUGUGAUUUUCAGAAUCUUCUUUUAUAAUAAAUGCACGAAAUCUUUUUUAAAAUUCCUAAACACAUAUUUUCAAUGUACGGUAAGGUAGGCAGAAAUGGAGCUUUUCUGUUUGAAGUUAGGGGAAGGUCAAGAACCCCACUCAUAGUCUUCUUACUUUCCUUAACCAACCAUUCUAACACCUAGUUGCUUGCUCAGAAACUUGGAAGCCACUGUUCAUGAGCAUUGAUUCCCCCCCCCCCAUUGGUCAGAUAGCAGUAUUGACAUCACUGUUGAUUUCACCUUCCUUCUUAUUUUUUCUUCAGUGCCAAGACCUUGAGUCUAUUUCACCAAUCCUGGUCCAUCUCCUCCCCACCCCUUCAGAGACAGAAACAAGAGUGGGAGAGAUACCACAAUAUAAUCAGAGCUUCUGGUACUGUGGUACUCACAGAUGGUGCUGGGACUAGAAAUAAAGUCAAAUACUUGGUAAAGCAUGAACCCUACUGGGUGAGCUAUCCUGUGGCCCCUGGUGUUCAUGACUUCACAUUCUUGUUUUUACUAGAAUUGUUUCCUUAAAAGAAUUGUUUUCCAUUCUUGAGCAGGUUUAUCAGUAGAUAACUAUGAUACAUUAAGAGUUGUGAAUCUAGCAAAUUAGGCUACUUGUAUCCGUUUGCACUUUUGAAUAAUAACGUGUACAAUUUCUAGAUUAUUGUUUUAUAAAACUCUUAGAAUUUUAACACUUUGCCUCAUGACAUUGAUUUAAUAUUGUUUUAUAGUAAUACAGCUGUUUCCUGUUGUACCACCAUUCAUUCAAGUGCUAAAGUUCUUAAAAUUAAUUUGAAGAAGAAAAUAAUCAAGUUAACUUUCAUGUUGUAUGUAAUCAGACAUAAUAAAAAUAUAUGUUGGACUGACA